AGUUUAAUGUGGUGGUGGUAUUGUUGUAUUUCAUAAUAUUAUACUGGCCCGAUUAACCGACACCUGCAAUUCAUACCUAUAAUUCCAGUUUCCUACAUAAUUGUACGGUAUUUUCGAUGUCGGACGAAUGCAUGAACGUCACUAAUUAUUACUAAUAAUAAUAAUAGUCAUGAUAUUCAAAGAUCAAGUUGCUUUAGUCACGGGUGGUGCUUCGGGUAUUGGAUUCGAAUACGUCAAGUGUUUAUUGCAAAACGGCGUAAAGGUAGCUGUUAGCGACAUAAAUUUUCAAGCGUGUAAAACUGCUACUGAACAUUUUGCCGUCGAGUAUGGAAACGAAAACGUCAUUCCCGUACAAUGUGAUGUCACGGACGAUGUUCAGUUUGAAAAUGCAUUUAAAACAUGCAUAGAAAAAUAUGGAAAAUUGGAUAUUAUUAUCAAUAACGCUGGCGUAAUGGACAAUUCGUUAGUCAAUUGGUCUAACGCAGUCAACGUAAAUUAUGGCGGAGUCGUACGAGGAACUAUGCUGGCUAUAAAGUACAUGGGCAAGGCGUACGGGGGCACCGGCGGCACCGUAGUUCAGACGGCGUCGAUAUUGGCCUACGACAAGAAUAUGCUAUUUUUCCCGGUUUACAGUUCGACGAAAAAAGCGGUUGUAGAAUUCACAAAAGCUCUCGGGGAUCCAAAAAACUUUGACCUGCACGGAAUCAGAAUGUUAUCAAUUUGCCCGGGUUUCACUAGGACACCUUUAGCCGUCGACGUUAACAGAUCGACGUUUUGGCACGAAGACAACGCUGAAGAAUUUUACGAAACCCAAAAACGACUGUCUUAUCAAGAAGCGGAGCACGUGGGAAAGGCUUUAAUUGAAAUCUUGGAACACGGCAAAAGCGGAGAAUCGUGGAUUGUUGAAAAUACAGAGCCGCCCAAACUUGUUGUUUAAUUGAUAUUAAAAUUUAAACUUGCAACCGAUUUUAUAAAGUAUAACUAGCUGCGCUAGUAAAGUAUAAUAAGGUUAAUUUUUAAAAAAUGUUUUUUUAAUUUAACAAUAAAUAAUAUUAUUUUUUUAA